UCAGAAUGUCAUAAAUAGUAAGAGGAAAAAAGCUGAAGUAAAAUAAAAACUACAUUUUUGUAUACACAAGAAUUUUUAAUUGAGUGAAUGCAAAUUUGCACAUUAUUUUUUAUAAUUGAAAAAUAUUUAAAUUAAAUUUUUUUAUGAAUUCUGAAGUCAUAUAUAGAAUGAUACCCACAUCAAGUCCAGUAAUUAAUUUCGAUACGGACAAAUAUCCAUUUUGUAUUGUGUGGACUCCAAUUCCAGUUCUAACAUGGUUUUUCCCAUUUAUUGGGCAUAUGGGCAUAGCGAUGUCUAAUGGGGUCAUAAGAGAUUUUGCUGGAUCAUAUUUUGUUUCGGAAGAUAAUAUGGGAUUCGGAAGACCUACCCGAUUCUUAAUUUUGAAUCCGGAUAAUGUUACUGGUGGAAGAGAAGAGUGGGAUGAAUCUGUUUCAAAAGCUUCAGUUAUUUAUGGGACAAAAAUGCAUAAUCUUCUUUGGGAUAAUUGUCACUCACAUGUUGGAAUGUCUCUUUCAAUGAUGCAAUAUAAUGGUAGAUCAUACUGGGGAAUGGUAAUAUUGGCAGGUUGGAUGUUUUUCUGUGGAAAAUAUGUUGGGAUUUCUGGAUUUUUAAAAACAUGGUUACCAUUUUUUAUAAUAGUUUCAAUAUGCACUGUAUUAGCUUUUGUUGUUUAAGUUCUAAGAUAAAAUUAAGGAAUAACUGAUGUGAUUUAACAUAUGAGCAAGAAAAAAAUGUAUCAGAUUCAAUAAAAAAAAAAAUGAAGAGAAUAAAAGUGUUUAAAACAUUCAAA